GGAAAUUUUAGCAACAUUAAUACAUGAUGGAGAGAGAAGCAUUGCAUCCAAUAUCAAAAUGCUGUAAUGUAGGUGUUCAAUCACGUACUCGAAGAGAAAGAGAGAAUUCAAUUAAUAUGAACCUUAAUGGAUCAAAUGGAGUUAUGAAUUCUACAAAUUCAUUAAGCUCUCUUUCACGAGAGGAACGCCGACGGCGUCGGAGAGCUACUCAAAAGUAUCGAACUGCUCAUGCUACUCGGGAAAGAGUAAGAGUGGAAGCAUUCAACCUCGCAUUUGCAGAACUAAGAAAGCUCUUGCCGACACUUCCGCCCGACAAGAAACUCUCCAAAAUUGAAAUCCUUCGAUUGGCUAUCUGCUACAUUGCAUACCUCAAUCACGUUCUUGAAGCCUAG